UCUCUCCCUUCUUUUCCCUCCAGGAACUUCACAGUGAUUGAUCCACUCUCACGUUUAGACAUGUGCACUUGAAGCCAAAGAAGAGGCUAGCUACUAACAUACUGAGUCACUGUGUCAAAAAGACUGCAUGUCUGUGCCUGCUCUCUCUCUACUUCUCACUGUGCUACUCUCUCUCUCCCUCUCCCUCUCUUUCUGUUUCUCAUUGUGGUUGGUUCAUGUCAAUGGCAGACAUUUCAUUUGGUUUAGGAUUACUCUGACAUGUUGACAGACCAGGAUUCAGUUUCAGGGGAUGUGAGAUCUUUCAUUAACUGCUGUUCUUUUGACAAGAAGAGUUGACAAUAAUUCAACACAGCACCAUGAGUGAGUCAGUAGAAUCCACAUCAUCAUCAUCAACAUCACACCCUGUGGACAAAGACCAGUCAGCUUCCUGCCCUGCUGCUACAGCCCCUCGCAAAACAGUCCGGCUCCAGGAGAGACGGGGAUCCAAUGUGUCCCUGGUGCUGGGCGUGAGCAGUCUCAGUCUGGAAGCAGUGGAGACCCUAUGCUCCAUCUCCACUCCCAGAGAGACCAUCCUCCACCUGCUGAGGACCUCAACACGCCCUCUGACCCCCUCUCAGCUGCAGGAGGCGUCUGAAGAGACCAGCAGGCUGAACUCAGAGUACCAGAAAAUUCCUCCAAACUUUGUGAACCCUUCAGAGCUGGAUAUUCCAGGACGAGCUUUAAAGGACAGAUACAAGACCAUACUGCCAAACCCUGAGACCCGUGUGUGUCUGAGGAACCCCGCAGCAGAGGAGGCGGGUGAUACUGGGAGAUACAUCAACGCUAACUACAUAAAGGGUUACAACGGUGCACCUAGCGCCUACAUCGCCACCCAGGGCCCCAUGCUCAACACCGUGCACGACUUCUGGGAAAUGGUGUGGCAGGAGAGAUCCACCACCAUUGUCAUGAUCACCAAGCUGAAGGAGAAGAAGGAGAAGUGUGAGCUUUACUGGCCAGAGAAGGAGGGCAGCUAUGGCAGAUUUGAGCUCAGAGUGGCCAUUGUGAAAGAAUGUGAUGGCUACACAAUUCGAGACAUAAUUAUUCAGGUGGGCUCAGAGAGCAGGCAGGUGAGGCACUACUGGUACUCCACAUGGCCAGACCACCAGACUCCAGAAUGUACUGGACCUCUGCUCAGACUGGUGGCGGACGUGGAGGAACACAAGCAGUCCCACCCCGGCCUAGGAACCACCAUCGUCCAUUGCAGUGCAGGGAUUGGUAGAACAGGUUGUUUCAUCGCCAGCAGCAUUGGAUGCCUGCAGCUAAAACACACCAGUAAGGCUGACGUGCUUGGAAUCGUCUGCAAGCUACGCCUCGACAGGGGUGGUAUGAUACAGACCAGUGAGCAGUACCAGUUCCUGUACCUUACCCUGGCCCAGUACAGCCGACAGCUGGUGAACACAGACUGUGGCUCAGAGAGCCCUGUCCCUGUCCCUGUCCCUGUCCAGACUGGCAGUACUACAGGAGAAACGCGGUGACAGUGAAAGCCCAGCUGAAGCUCUGUCUUUCUGUAUGGGAGAACAAGCUUCUGGAACUCUGUCUUUCUGUAUGGGAGAACAAGCUUCUGGAACUCUGUCUUUCUGUAUGGGAGAACAAGCUUCUGGAACUCUGUCUUUCUGUAUGGGAGAACAAGAUUCUGGAACUCUGUCUUUCUGUAUGGGAUAACAAGAUUCUGGAACUCUGUCUUUCUGUAUGGGAGAACAAGAUUCUGGAACUCUGUCUUUCUGUAUGGCAGAACAAGCUUCUGGAACUCUGUCUUUCUGUAUGGGAGAACAAGCUUCUGGAACUCUGUCUUUCUGUAUGGGAGAACAAGCUUCUGGAACUCUGUCUUUCUGUAUGGGAUAACAAGAUUCUGGAACUCUGUCUUUCUGUAUGGGAGAACAAGCUUCUGGAACUCUGUCUUUCUGUAUGGGAGAACAAGAUUCUGGAACUCUGUCUUUCUGUAUGGGAGAACAAGAUUCUGGAACUCUGUCUUUCUGUAUAGGAUAACAAGAUUCUGGAACUCUGUCUUUCUGUAUGGGAGAACAAGAUUCUGGAACUCUGCUCAUGUGCUGUCUGUGGCAAUCUCAUCCCCUUGACUGUGACAGUUAUUUCAGCAUUUUUAUGGGCACGUUGGACUGGUUUGAAUUGUAUUGAAAUUCAUGAAUAAUCAUUUUGUCCAUAUUUGCUACCCUGAUAAUAAAUAUGUUAUGCCCUUGGCUUUAAUUAAUUACAGUCUAUUUGACAUUCUGAAGACAAAAUACAUACACCACAGUUCAAAUGUUUGGGGUCACUUAGAAAUGUCCUUGUUUUUGAAAGAAAAGCAAUUUUUUUGUCCAUUAAAUGAACAUAAAAUUGAUCAGAUAU